AUGAAGCCAGUCACCCCCUCACACCCACUCACCACAUCACACCCACUCACUCCCUCUCACCCGCUCACCACAUAUGCCAAACUCACCACCUCCGCCUCGUGCAUCAAUAAUAUAAGAACACUCCACGACAUCCCUGGUCCGCCAUGCCUGCCGCUGGUCGGCACCUCUUGGAUGUACUCCGUCUUCGGGCCCUACAGCCGACACACUUUCCAUGUCGCCGACGUCGAUUUGUAUCGCAAGUACGGGCCUAUCUACAAGGAGCGUCGCGGGGGCACUACACUAGUCAGCCUUCACUGCCCCCAAGACAUUGAAAAAACGUUCAGGAAUGAAGGCUCGCGGCCGAACAGGAUCGUCAACGAUGCCUUGGUGUGGAAAAGAAGACAAAACCCUGAUAUUUAUCCUACUGUUGGUCUAGCUGAAUCAUUGGACGAGGAUUGGUACAAUCUACGCCAAAAAGUGGGUCCAGUUUUCCUGAGACCGAACAAAAGUCUGUUCCUGCUGACGCAGGUGAACCUCGCAGCGGCGCAGCUCAUGGACGCUCUCAUGCGGGCGUCGGGGCGGCGCCCUUGGGCGGGUGGCGGCCCUUUUGUGGUGCCUGACCUCAACGAGGUCAUGGUGCGCUAUGGUGCUGAAGUCAUAUGGCGAUCAGCUUUGGGUGUAGAGCUCGGUGCCCUGAGAAGCGAGCCUCCCCCAGACGCUCUGGCGCUGUCCUCCCUGAGCCUCCAUCAGUUCCAGCUGAUGGCCGACCUCCGCCUCAGCGGCAACGCCUGGAAAAUGUGCCCCAAAAUGUUCCCAAAAUACAGGAAAUUUGCGGCCGUGGAUGACGCCGUAUACAGCCUGGGCUCAAAGCACAUUGCGGCUGCGCGGUCUCGGCUCCUGGAAAAUAAGGGGGCCACCACCACUUGUCCUGCCUCGACUAUUCUAGAAAAAUUCAGCCUCAUCGACGGCUUGGAUUCUAGAGACGCUAACACCAUCAUCAUCGACUCGUUUUCGGCCGGCGUGACCACCACGGCAUCAAGCUUAGUGCUGCUGCUGCACCGCCUUGGUCAGGAGCCGGCGGUGGUGAGGCGCCUGCAGCAGGAGGUAGACGAGGUGCACGGCGCUACUGACGGCGAGCUCACCCAGGACCUGGUGGACGCCUCGCCCUACCUCAGGGCGGUCGUCAUGGAGGGCUACAGGCUGACACCCAUCAUCCCCAGCGUGAUCAGGAUCUUGCCCCAGGAGGUCGAGCUGUCGGGGUACAAAAUCCCCCCACACAUCCCUCUGAUCGCCAAAACCCGCGCCAGUUGCCGCGACGAGCGCAACUUCAGCCGCCCUCUGCAGUUCAUUCCUGAGCGCUGGCUGUCCGAACGUCAGGGCGGAGACGAAAAGUUUGCAAUUUUUCGACGCGAAGCCAAAGCAAAUAAAUUUUUGGUGAAGCCGUUCGGGUUCGGGGCGCGGAUGUGCCUGGGCAAGCGCUUGGCGGAGUACGAAAUAUACGCGGCGCUGGUGAACAUUCUGAAAAGCUUCGAUGUUAAAUCUCACGGCGACAUCGCACUGGGAAACUACUUGUUCCUCGCCCCCAUUCGGCCCGUGGCUCUCACGCUCACGCCGAGGGUACAGAGGAGCCAUUGAGAAUAUUUAUUUUCUUCCUUUGACGGAUUAUGAAUAAGAACUAAUCGUCAGAUAACAAGGAUUGUGAACAAUAGAUCUAUUUUUUCUGACUUGGAUUAAGUUUUAACUGAUUAAAGUAUAGUUUUAUUCGAUUGAUAAAUUUAAGACUGUCUUACCUAUGCCUAAAUCACCGAUCUAUCAGGUUGAGCCUGGCUAGGAAUAUAUCUAGAGUAGUUGAUUCGUGCUACAUCAAUUAAAACAUUCAGAUAAAUGAAUUGAUUAUUGUAAACAAGGACGCUCUUUUCUUAUACAUAAAGCGACUAAUGAGUUCCAAACUUGGCGUUGAUCAGAAGAUAUACGCGACUCAAUAUGAAUAAAAUGUGCGUCAUUAGAAUGAGUUCAUGCCUAGAAUUUCAAAGUCCUGCUUAAACUUGAAUUAUUAUAGGAAAUAUUGCGUAACAGUUUUUGCCUGUAUAAACAGUGACGCAAUGACAACUCCGUGUUUAAUUGAUUAAGAAAUGCCAUAAAGAUUGUAUAAAUCACUCAAAAUGACCAGCAAAUCUUUACGUUGAAGCUUCAUGAGCACAUUAAUCAACUUCAUGUACUACAGACUAACAUGAGCACAAUAAUCAAUCUGUGUGCUACAGACCAACGUACAUGCAUGGCUGAGAUUGUUACGUGGACGAUUAAUACUUAGACGUGAACAGGAAAUAAGUAGGAGGUGUGUGGAGUAAGAUGGAUUAAAAUAAACGAUAAUACAAAAUAAACAAGUUAAAUAGUCAGGGACAUUAUACUAGAUUACAAUCUUCAUUGUUGCGCCGGUGGCGGUUUAAUAAAUUUCCUUAUGUU